AGCUGUUGAUGCAACAUUGAAGCGAUCCUGGGUGCAUUCAGAUUAAGAUUUCCCCAAGCGUCUGCUCUGUCUUUGUAAUCGGGCUUCGCGAUCCGCUGCCUAGAGCGACAUGGCUUCGUUUUCGUUCGCACGCCAGUCGCAGCCCACUGCAGCUCAGCCCAUCAAUGGCCAUACUCUCGCUUUUGGAACCCCACGCGCUACGAACGGCCUUUCUCCAAGUGAUCCCCUUCAACCAUUGCGCGCAAUGGCCGACAGAGUUGGGAAAGAGGUGGAGAAGUUCGCAGAGCGAGUCGACCACUGGCAUACACACGGAAAUGAUACCAGGCGAACCAAGUACCAGACGACAGUAAAGAUGGUGGGAAAGUUCAAAGACCUUGCGGAAUCGCAUGUCAAGGAGCUGAAGAAAGUCAAUGAUGCAGAGAACAAGGGUGACUUGACCAAGAGCGUGCGACGGCGGAUUCAGAACAUGGCAGAGGCUCCCGAUAAUAGUAGCCAAGGCGGUUUCGGACAGUCUCUCACUUCAUCCGUCGAUCAACAUGCCGAAUCUGACUCUGCGAACCUGCGAGAACUACGGCAAUGGCAAGCGGAGCUCGCGACAUGGGAACUUCUGCGACUCAUCAUUGAUCACUACCACUCUGAGCCUGGCACCGAUCCUACGGCGGAAAAGAAGGAGCAUUUGGCGAAGGUUGGGGGAACUGCGCGGUAUUGCAAGAAUAGCGAGAUCUGGGAUCGCUUCCUCCUCGAGGACGAUCAGGCUAAAGAAAAGGCGAUCAUUCUACGCUGGUUGGAACAGACGGCGCAGAACAGCGAGAGCGACAUUGAGUCUAUCACUGCAGAGCUGGAAGCGGCGUCAGGGAAGGGCGCGCAUACCUGGACUAGUGGCUGGCUGGACACCAAAUCGAAGAUCAAGCAGGCGAAGCGCUUAGAAGGUACAGAUCAGCCCCUGAAACCAACCACCGCAAACCUCAAGACUGCCGACAGGACUGCAAACCUCGUUACUCAACUGGAUCCAGAUGCUUCGGCCAGACAAAAGCGUGCCCUAGAGAAGUCGGACGAGUACUACGAGCGCGCUCUGUGGAUGGCCUGCUACGAAAUGAUGCGGCGCGGCGUACCAUGGAAGCAGAUCAUUCAAUGGUGCCAUGAGAGGAAUGAGGCCUGGCGUGGUGUCAGCGUAGGAGCUGCAUACGAGGCUCACUCGAAAGGUGGACCAAAUGUUGCCGGUCCGACUGUCGGUUACCUGUUUCGUCGCAUGUGCUUCUACGCCGCUAGAGGAGCCCGAAUUCCCUACGAAGGCGCCGUUUACGGCCUGCUGAGCGGAGACCUGAAGCAGGUUCAGGCAGUCAGCCGAUCUUGGGACGACCAUCUUUAUGCGCACUACAACGCUCUACUUCUUUCGCGGUUCGACUCCUACUUGCAACAAAACUAUCCAAAUCGAGUCACUGAGAGCUUGACUCAGAAGUUCGUCUUUCAGGACGCGGUGGCUAAUAUUGGCAGCUGGGAGGAGUCCUCGCAGAAGGUGAUUGGUCUUCUGAAGCAACAAAAAGCUACAGCAAACCAAUCAGUCUCCCCAAUCAAGCUCAUCCAAGGCGCUCUCAUAAGCAGGAACGUAGACGAGCUGAUGCUCAAAGUCGGAGUAGCCAUCGCCGACAUGUUGCAGAACGAUGAGCGACCUCAAAACUUGAUCGUUCACCCGGACUCCGACCUGGCCGACCCAGGCGCAAAGGCAGCGGGUGAGCAGCGGACCUUCACAGCAGAGCGAUGGUAUCAGAAUCUCGCAAGUGACCCACAUGCCUUCAGGAUUCUAGUGCACCUCUUUAUCGUAUUCCGGAACGGGUUAAAGAUUCUCAGUACAAGUGACGAGCAACGGUGGUUAGCCAUGGACAAUGUCGUUGCGGCAUACAUUGAAUUUCUACGGACCAGCAAACGUAUACAGCUCAUACCACUAUACGCGGCGCAGCUUCUGCCAGAGCGAGCAGCUCAUUGCCUCGCGCGUGUGUUACCCGACAUCAAGAACAGCGAGGAGCAGCGACGUUGCGUUGCACUUUUGGAACAAUACCGCAUCGAUGUCAUCGAGGUUGUUGCUCAGAGCUUCACGUUCGCUUUUAGAAACAGCGGUUUCACACAUUUCGACGCACAAGGCUACUCGGUGAUUACCAAACCUAUCAAGCGGUUCAAGAUCUUGGAGCGAGUCACAACUGCCCAAGAGCAGGUGUUGUGGCCUGGCGUUCGCAUAAAGCGGGACUUCGACGGGUCUGUGAUCGAGCCGAAGGAAGAAGCUAUCAUCGAGGCGCUGCAGUGGUAUCAUUAUAUCGGCAAAGACUACAAGCAAACAUUUGAGCAUUUGAGGAACGCUCUAAUCAUUUUUCUGCUCAAUGGCCGCCUCGGCGCCGCAGAGAAGGUCGUCAGCGACCUCAGCGUCGAGUCCCUGUCGCUCUCACGGACGGAAGCUCUUUGUGGCUACCCAUUCGACAUCACUACACCAGGAGCGGAUGAGCAGAACGAGCGUGAACUACACAACCACCGCGACUCCCUCUCAAGCGUUGCGCGCGCUGCCGCCAUUCCACUGGCUAAACUCCCCACGGCAGACGAGCACACGAACAUUGUCAACUACCUGCGCGAAAAGAGCUCAGCAUACUACGACCUCCAGCAAAUCGUGCGCUUACUCGUCCUCUUCCGCGAGUGGCGUGACGAAGAAGAGGCGCUUAUAAAGUCAGUGAACAAGUACCACUUCUCCUUUGUUCCCCCCGUCAUACUCUCCCAGAUCCACGCAAGGCUAACGAGAGAUGUUGACAGACUUCGCACUGAGCGCCAAAGGAAUCCAGAAGCUCCCAAAGGGCCCUCGAAACCAGAUACGAAGCGCACCAAGGAGCUCUUGGAUGCCAUCACAGCCAUCUUCGACUCGCUCAUCCAGUCGAUUUCAGAUUCGACCCACCGCGGUAUUCAAGACACGACUGAUGGCUGGAACCUGAAGAAGGCGUAUAUCCCCGACAUGGUCAUUGCGUAUCUCUCGGUGCUCCAGUCGGCUUCGUACUUUCUACACCGCGAGCCAGCCGUGCAGGCGAUGGAGGUCGCCGUGCUGAUAGCCGAUGAGCAGAACGAGUGGCUCCAGAAGGUUUUCCUACAGACGGGUCGUAUGAGUGAAUUGGUCGACUCUUUGGCGUGUGUCAGCAAAGCUAUGCUGAGGCUUACAGAGCAUGAGUCCAAGAAGGUAGAAAAGAAGAAGCGGGGGAGCAAGGGGGAGACAUUGAGGAUCUGGGAUCUCGAGGCUCGGGAUAGGAUUUAGGGUAUGGCAAUCGGUUCUAGCGUCGGCAAUACGGAAGAAGAUAUCACAGCAUUGGAAGCAUCGUAGACCUAAAACGUAUAUGAAUAGUAUGCAAGUCUUCCAUUCGUAUAACUUGCUCCCCUUCAAGACUGCCAGCUCCUGUGCAGUAUGCACCCAAUGCAAUGAUGUACAGAAUCGAACAAAAGAAAAUGCAGGCUGAUUUGAUGCGCUAUAAAACUCAAGAUCCCAAACGCCAAU